AUGCACAAGUCAGUAAUCCCUUUUGUUCUCUUCAAUCUCAUACUCUAUUCGCAAGGUCAACCAGAUUCAUGGAUAGGGAUAGACUGUGGCUCCAACAAAAGCACAUCUACUUUUGACUUCAUCUGGGACACCGAUGAGGCCUGCAUCAAGUCGGGGACGAACCAUCUCGUUCCCAACAGCACCAUCAUCAGCUUUGUCACCUUCCAGACCCUCCGCGUCUUCACUGACCAGAACAAGAACUGCUACACAUUGCCAAAAACCAGCAGCUACGGAUACUUCAUCAGAGCAGCGUUUCUGUACGCAAACUACGACGGCCAGUCUAGGCCUCCCACUUUUGAUCUCGAGAUUGAUGGGAAUAAAUGGACGACUCGUAUCAUCAGCGUGUGCUUAGCAACAACAAACAAAGAUGAGAUCCCCUUCAUUUCCUCACUCGAAGCAUGGCCUAUUUAUUAUACUAUGUACACAGGUCUGAGCCGGGACAUGGCCUGGCUCUCCACCUAUCGCUAUGACUAUGGCUCUAGCAUCGGUGUUUUGGGGUACGCAGGGAGAGACGACUUCAACAGGAUAUGGGAGCCGAUCGUUGUAGCAGGUGCCGUCAACACAAGUGGCAAUGGCCAGCAGCAACAUCACCAGCUGCACCACAUGCCAGAGUCCAUGCUACCACCCAUCAUCAGCGCCAUUGAGAUAUAUACCGCCACUGAUCCCCUUAUUGCAAACGGAACUAACCAAAGUGACUUGAAUGGGCUGAUGAGCUUCACCAAUGUCUACACUCGACUCAGCGGAUGGAGUGGGGAGCCAUGUCUCCCCUCAGACACCGUGUGGCAAUGGUUGGGCUGCUCCGCCACUGUACCACCCAGAGCCACUUCUUUAUAUCUUUCAGGAUACCAACUCAACCGCCGUCUCACUAAUUUCCAACAAAUGCAAGCUCUUGUCGACAUAGAUUUGAGCAAUAACAGUCUUAGUGGGCAAAUCCCAGAUUUCCUUGGACAACUACCGAAUUUGAGGAAACUCAACCAAUCACACAACGAUUUCUCUGGGGAGGUCCCAACCACAAUCCGCCACAACAAAAGGCUUACAUACGAGUAUGUACACCGUCUUUGCCAUUAUAACUCGAUUUCUUACCUACUCAUCCUUAACAAUAAUGUCACAAACAGUGUAUCUGGAAACCCGAAUCUUGACCGUAAAGAUGGUGGUAGCUCGAAAACAGCCUUGAUCGUAGGCCUAGCUGUGGGCAUACCACUGCUUGUUAUAGCAGCGUUGCUUAUCGUAUUCUGGCUAAGACGAGUAAGAAAAACAGAAAAUGGGAGCACAAAUACACAAGAACCCCUCUGCACCUCCAGCAGACGAUGA